AUGGGCUGGUUCUGGGCAGAUUCGCAGCCAAAGGCGCCCGUGGCGCCUCACCCCACCUCUUCCAACGCGACUCCUCCUCCCGGAUGUCCGAUGCAUGAGUCGGGUGCAGCACUUCCUGCUGCUCUCAAGAGCGAACCCCCCAGCGAGUGCCCGAUGCGCUCAACCGAUUCUCCCUUCUAUGUUCCCCCGAAACCAUCGACCCCGGAGACUCCCCAGGCACCGGCCGCGCCGGCAAAGCCCUCCACCUUGUCGAGGCUGAACCCUCUGAACUACAUGUUCGCAUCAAUCUCUCAAGAGCGCGCUCCAAACCAGACUGUCGAUCUCGGCGUCGAUCGUGAGGUUUCCUCAAUCCCGAGAGGCGACUCGGAGGGUAACUGGGAGUACCCGUCUGCUCAACAGAUGUACAACGCGAUGCUGCGCAAAGGACACACCGAUACCCCCGAGGAUGCAGUAGAGUCCAUGGUUGCUGUUCACAAUUUCCUGAAUGAAGGUGCCUGGGACGAAAUUGUCGGCUGGGAACGUGUCUUUGCCAAGGGUCUGAAUCACGGCUGGGAGAAAUGCCGCCGAGGUGAAGAGAACCUAAGCCUCGACCUGGCCAAGGCCGAGUUUAUGGGUCAGAUUGAUCAGGCCCACGAGCCUCGUCUGAUCAGAUUCCAGGGCCGUCCCCAGGAGCUGAGCCCCAAGGCCCGAAUCUUCCAGGCUCUGGGUUGGGUGUACCCGUCCAAGUUUGAAACCAACCCGCCCUUUGACCGCCAUGACUGGUUUGUUCAGCGCCAAACACCCUCAGGCUCGAAAGAAGUUCGCUACGUGAUCGAUUACUACUCUGGUCCUCCGGAGCCAACCGGCGAGCCGGUCUUCUACCUUGAUAUCCGUCCCGCUCUAGACUCUCCUACUGCGGCUGUCGAGCGAAUGAUGAGAUGGGGAGGCGACGUCUGGUGGAGAGCCAGCGGUGCUUCCGUCAGAGAGCAGGUUCAGGCCCAGGCCCACCGAUGA